GGGCUCAGCUCUCCCUGCAGCAUCCCACAGCUGCCAUUGGUGCAGUUCGAUCACAGAGCGGCAGGAGGAGGGGGUGGGGGUGUGGCGGACGCUUUCCCGUUCCCGGUUUGUUUUUUCCCAUUCCCGUUUUUUUGUUUUUUGGUUUUUUUUUUCUCCCAUUUUCCAUUCCCGGUGCUCCCGUGCAGUCCCUGCGCUGCCCCGGAACCCAAAAGCUGCGGGACGCGUUUCCCGCGGACCUCAAUAGUCGCUGGGCGUGUGCGCGUUGAUUGACAGCUACGGCGGCCAAUCAGAAAUCGGAUUUUCCGUCUCAGCCAAUGGGAGAGCGUCAUGGGCGGGCGUGUGCGCGGCGGCCGGGCCGGGAGCGAGCGGGGCCGGCCGUGAGCGGAGGGGGGGCGGUUACCGGGGCAGCUCCACUCCCUAUCCAGGCUGAUGUCUCCACUCUGAGCACACGCAGAGGGUCCCUGCAGGAUGAGGAUGGCGGUGGCCAAGGUGCUGUGCCUGCUGGGGAUCUGUGUGCUGCUGCUGGCCGGGGCCCUGCUGCCCGUCAGGCUCAUGGACUCUGACUACGAGAAGGCUCAGCGCUCCCGGAAGGUGCUGGCCCUCUGGAAUUCCUUUGGAGGCGGCGUCUUCCUGGCCACGUGCUUCAACGCCCUGCUGCCCGCUGUGAGAGGGAAGCUCGACGAGGUCCUCAGGCAGAACAACGUCACCACUGACUACCCGGUGGCCGAGACCAUCAUGGUGGUCGGCUUUUUCCUGUCGGUCUUCGUGGACCAGCUCUUCCUGACCUUCCAGAAGGAGAAACCCUCCUUCAUCGACCUGGAGACCUUCAACGCGGGCUCGGACGUGGGCAGCGACUCGGAGUACGAGAGUCCCUUCAUUGCCUCAUCCCGUGGGCGUGCCCUGUACGGCGAGCACGGCCCCCACCCGCACAGCCUCAACCUCCCGGAGCUGUCGCGCUGCGGCCCCCGGCGCCUCCUGGGGCUGGUGUUCGCCCUGUGCACGCACUCCAUCUUCGAGGGGCUGGCCCUGGGCUUGCAGGAGGAGGGCAGCAGAGUGGUCAGUUUGUUCCUGGGAGUGGCCGUGCACGAGACGCUGGUGGCUGUGGCUUUGGGUAUCAGCAUGGCCAAAGCCUCGCUGCCGCUGAGGGACGCGGCCAAGCUGGCGGUGGCCGUGUGCCUGAUGAUCCCGCUGGGAAUUGGCAUCGGGAUGGGCAUCGAGAGCAGCAGGAAUGCUGCGGGCAGCAUCGCAUCCCUGCUGCUGCAGGGCAUCGCUGGCGGCACCUUCCUCUUCAUCACCUUCUUCGAGAUCCUGGCCAAGGAGCUGGAGGAGAAGAGCCAGCGGCUGCUCAAGGUGCUGUGCCUGGUGCUGGGCUACGCCGCGCUGGCCGGGCUGGUGCUCAUCCCGUGGUGAGCCUCGGGAAGCAAAGGGAGCAAAACUUCAGCUCUCCCCUCCCACCGACACCGGGAGGAGCCGCCCCUUUCACCGCUGGAACGGCCCAACCCGGGCGAUGUUUCCAUGAUGACCUGAAGGAGGAGGAGAAUCUCUUCCCGUGUGCUCAGAGUGAGGAAUAUCCCCAGGGACUGUCCCUGCCCGAGGGGCCGCAGGGAUCAGCGGACACAAACGUUAAGGAUCCGGGUAAAAUCUGCUUCCAGGAGCUCCUCGAGUGUGUGUGGCUUCCUGCACUGCCCAGGGCCCACUCUCCCUCCUUCCCCUUGCCCACGCUCUGGAACAGAACAGGCCGGGAGCCUGCUCCGGAGGCUCCAAGGAGGGGAGGAACAAACAGGAAUGGAGGCAGAGCAGGUGGGAGCAGGGAUUGGCAGGCUGCACUAAGCUGCUUUUGCUGGCUUAGUUCAGAGCAAAACCUGGUUGUAAGAGCUGCCAAAAAUAGCAUCCCUAUGGACCUCUGGCCUUCCAGGCCCUGCUGCCUCCACACAGCUUCCAGUGCCCCACCUGGGGCUCGGGGAGCUCAGCUUUCCCAGGGAUUCAUGGAAAAGAUGAGGCUGGGCUGCUCUACCCUGCUUCCUUCUCAGCAUCGUAUCCAUAGGCUGAGCCUUCCCUAAGGAAAACCUCCGAAAAUCAGAGGAUGAAUCCCAAGCUGGUUUGGGUUGGAGAGGACUUUAAAGCCCAUCCAGUGCCAUGGCAGGGACACUUUCCACUAUCCCAGGUUACUCCAAGCCCUGUCCAGCCUGGCCUUGAGCACUUCCAGGGAUGGAGCAGGUCCUCAACAUUACCCAGAACCUGGGAUCCAUGAGCUUACAGGAAAUGGGCAGGAACAAUUCCCAGCACUGACAGUUUGGGGUAAACUCUUGUGUUUUCAGUGCUCUGCAGUCAGAACAGCUGAGCAGUUCCCAUCAUGUGCUGCUCCGGGGCUUUUCCAGGUUUCCAAAGGCAUGGAAUCACCUCCCUUUUUGGGUGGGGGAGGAUUGGAGGUGUUGCUGAGAGACACCAGCAGCUCCCAGCAGCUGCAGAACCCCAGGGAAGCUCCGUGCGCUGCUGAUCCCGCUGGAUUUACCCUUGGGAGCGAGGAGCUGGGAUCAGAGGCUGGAGCUGGGAACGUGCUCCCCCCCCAGCAGUGAAACACAGCCUGGCUCAGGCAGGGGCUGCAUUUUAAUUACCCAGAGCCUUCUCUCCUGCAGCAGCUUCCUCCGGGCUCCUGGAAGCGCUGAUGGAAUUAUAAGGAUGGCACAGUGCCGGCAGCGGGGAAGGAGGCUCAGAGCCUCGGUGGUGGCCCAGCUGCAGCAUAUGGAGGCAGCUGAGCAUCAUCUGACAGAUCCUGGGGCUCGUUAGUUUAAUUGCUGCAACAUCCCCGAGUCAAUUAAUCUUCCUUUGAAAACCUGGAGUGGAAGGGAGGGGUGUGUGGAGGGAGGUUAUUUUGGGCCUGGCAUGACACAAACCAGCAGGAUGAGGAGAACGUGAUUUGCCUCGGUGUGGUAAAAACCUCAGGGCUGUUUCACCUCCCCUGGGGGGUGACCUCUCUUUUUUGGGGGUGAUCAGGAGGAGGGUGAGGAGAUGAGAGAGGUGGCACGUGUUGGGCUGUCGCCUCCAUUUCACACCCUCUUCCUGCUACAGUUUGGGGUCGGGGGCUGUGAAGUGCCGGAGGGUGCUGAGCUCCCCCCAUCCUCAUCCUGCCAUCCUGGGGGGGGGUUCAUCCUCCCAGGAGGAGGAGGAGGAGGAGGCCCUGCUGCUCCCAAUAAAUUCCCUGCCCUUCUCCCCUUGCUGUCACUCGCUUUUUUUAUUUAUUUAUUUAUUUAUUUAUUUAUUUUUUAUUUUAUUCCCCCCACGGCUGCUCCACUCCAGCUCACGCGGCGGCCGCACGUGCCCGGCC